AUGAUGGAGCCUAACCCGUCCGGCACCGUUAGGCUACAGCAACUUUCAGCAAGUUACAAGAGGACGAGGUCCUUAUCCGAAACUCUAAGACCAGCGACACAAGCCAUGGACAGUGACUCCUCCUCUACGAACAAGUUUGUUCCAGAAUAUAGACGCACAAACUUCAAAAAUAAGGGUAGAUUCUCUGCCGAUGAGUUGCGCCGCCGCAGAGAUACCCAGCAAGUUGAGCUGAGGAAGGCAAAGCGAGACGAAGCGCUAGCCAAGCGUAGAAAUUUCGCCGCGCCCCCAGACGGUGCAGACUCCGAGGACGAGGACGAGGCCGCCAGCACCGCUGACCAGCAAUUCUACCAGCAGCUUCAGCAAGAGUUGCCCCAAAUGAUCCAACAGAUCAACUCCACAGACCUGCAGGAGCAGCUGAACGCUACCGUCAAGUUCAGACAAAUUCUGUCACGCGAGCACCGCCCACCAAUCGACACCGUGAUCCAGUCCGGUGUGGUGCCUAACCUCGUGAACUUCAUGAACGAGAACCAGCCCGAGAUGCUGCAGCUGGAAGCCGCGUGGGCGCUCACGAACAUUGCGUCAGGGUCCUCAGACCAGACUAAGGUUGUCGUCGAGGCCGGAGCCGUGCCCCUUUUCAUACAGCUACUGUACUCGGGCUCCAUCGAAGUCAAAGAGCAGGCUAUCUGGGCCCUCGGUAACGUUGCCGGUGACUCCACCGGUUACAGAGACUACGUGUUGAGCUGCGGUGCCAUGCAACCCAUUUUGGCCCUGUUUGACCUGAGCAAGACGUCACUCAUCAGAACGGCGACCUGGACUCUCUCCAACCUGUGCCGUGGUAAGAAACCACAGCCAGACUGGGGUGUCGUGUCGCAAUCCCUGCCAACACUGGCCAAGCUCAUUUACUCUAUGGACACAGAGACUUUGGUCGACGCAUGCUGGGCCAUCUCCUACCUCUCCGACGGUCCUGCAAACAACAUACAAGCAGUCAUUGACGCAAGAAUCCCCAAGAGACUUGUUGAGCUGCUCAACCAUCAGUCCACACUCGUUCAGACACCUGCUCUGAGAGCUGUGGGUAACAUUGUCACUGGUAAUGAUCUACAGACCCAAGUAGUAAUUAACUGUGGGGUCCUCGGGGCACUAAGAAACCUUCUCAGCUCCACCAAAGAGUCCAUUAGAAAAGAAGCUUGCUGGACCAUCUCUAACAUUACUGCCGGUAACACAGACCAGAUCCAAGCUGCUAUCGACGCUAACUUGAUACCAGCUUUAGUCAAGCUUUUGGAAACUGCCGACUACAAAACCAAGAAAGAAGCUUGUUGGGCCAUUUCUAACGCUUCUUCAGGGGGUCUGCAAAAGCCAGAGAUUAUUAGAUACCUGGUCUCCCAGGGCAGCAUAAAGCCACUCUGUGACUUGCUAGAAAUUGCGGAUAAUAGAAUAAUCGAGGUUACACUUGAUGCUCUAGAAAACAUUUUGAAGAUGGGUGAAGCUGACAAGGAGGCUCGUGGUCUGCACAUUAAUGAAAAUGCCGACUACAUAGAGAGAGCCGGCGGCGUUGACAAAAUCUUCAACUGCCAGCAAAACGAAAACGAAAAGAUUUACGAAAAGGCCUUCAAUAUUAUCGAGCAAUACUUUGGUGAGGAUGAGGAUGCUCUGGACGAAAGCAUGGCCCCACAAACCGCAGGAAACACCUUCGGCUUCGGAUCCAACGUUAACCAACAAUUCAACUUCAACUGA